GUGGUUUCGGUGUGCCAACCCAGUGAAAACAUCCUGGACACAGCCCUGACCCCGACCUGCGUAUCAUAGCAACAGGUUCAAACAAAAGGGGAAAAGAUGGCGGCGCGGAGGGAGGAAGACGCAGCUGUUUAUCUGGAGAAACACAAACUCAUCGAGCUUAUGGACAACCUGACUAGCAUGCUCUUCUUUUACAGACCCGAGAAACCCAGGGAGUUUCUUAUUGAAAAACUGGAGCAGCUAAAGCUGUCUCAACAGAGUGGUGUGAUUGGGCCAAAUCUGUUCGAUGACUCUAACCUGGAUGUAGUCUUUAGGAUUAUGGACCCUGAUAAUAAACAAUACAUCUCUUUUGUCCAGUACAAACAAGCUUUGACAAUGAUGGGCAUAAAAGACAUCAAUGAAUGUCCCGAUGGUGUAAAUGAAGAUCGGAUAUCCCAUGAGACGUUCAAAACAGAAGCGACACAAGGUCUGGAGAGGUGCUCAGCAACUUAUGUACAGCUGUGAAGUGUUGAGGCUACUGCCCAGCCCAGCUUUGAACUGUUUAGUUUGAAAUGUUAAAAUGUGUAUCUUUAUCUACCAAUAAAUUCAAACCAAAAAAGGCACAGCAUUAAUGGUUUGUUUUUGCCUUUGUUUGUAGUCAAUACAGCCUGUUGAAAUGACCUCUGUCUGUCAUUAUCCACAUCUAUGUUCAUGUUUAACAUUAUAUUCACGAUUGUUAGUACUUCUGCUAGCACUAGAACCGCAGUAA